AUGGACCGCUGCUGUGGGUGCGCUGCGGCGUUCAACACAACGCGGAAGGGGAGAAAAGUCACAUGUGCCAGAGUGUGGGCGAUCUGCAAGAAAAGCCCUCCAAGCCCAUCACUUGAACCCAGCUUAUGGCUCCACACCACAUACGUAUACGUAGUGUACGUGUACACUCCAGGCAGAGCGCACAGGCACGAGACUGACUGUCGCUCGUGUCCCCGGCUCCAGACUCGGCUCGUGCGCUCGGACAGUGCGGUGCGGACCAUGAGCGCGCGCGGGGGGGAAGUGUGGAGCCGCGGAGUGGAGCAGAGCCCGCUACAGGUGAGUCCCCCAUCAUGGAUCUAUCUAACGCUGAAACUUUCACUGUGUACCAACUAA